GUGACACCUUCUUUUUACAAGUACGCCUAAAAGCUUGUGUAAACAGGAGACGCGAAUGGGAGUUACUGUAGUUGUUCGUCGACACGGGAUUAUCGUGUGGGAUUAUAUGUGUUAGUUGUACGAGUUUUAAAUGGGGCUAGAGAUUAACAGCACAACAUACGGGUCCUGUUGUGGUUAUCGCUACUAACUGACCCUCACGUCACAGCAGCUGGAGCUCGUGCGGCUAACCUGUUAGUUAGCGGUGUUAGCAUAGCGAAACCGUAGCUCUGAUAUCAGACUUUUACUCAGUAUUAUAUCAGUGUGCGCCUUAUUUAUUUGACUACAUUACGCCGAAAUAGAAAAUAGUGAGAGAGAAAAGCGUACAAUGUUAGCUCGGUAGUGCUAAGCUUGUUAGCUUGCUAGCUAGGCGAACUUAGACCAGCUAAGGUACAACAGUGCUGCGUUAGCAACCGGAAUAAAAGCGCGUGACAUGGUAAACAACAAACUUGUCAAGUUUAUUUAUUUCCUCUAACCAUCAGCUCCGAAGCCAUAUCACGGGACAUGUAUAGGUAGCUACUGAGCAGUGUAGCCUUCACCAAAGGCCGUGUGAUUUUAAAGAAACACUUGAAUAUAAAAUCAACGCAGAAAGCUACAAGCUAAUUAACGUCACGAGUCUAAGAUACACGUCGUGGUUUGUGGUCUGAUUUGGUGGUGUGUGUGUGUGUGUGUGUGUGUGUGUGUGUUGGCGCAGCUGCAUUACUACCCCAUGACCCAAACUGGAAGUUCUGUUCAUCCAGCUGUGCCACCGGAAUAACAAUGUCGGACAAUCAGGGUAACCUGAACAACAAUAACGUGCCUCUGAACAACAACAAUGGCGCGGCGAACCGACUCCGAAACCCGAACGUGAAUCAGAACCCACUCAUCAAUGUGCGGGACCGACUCUUUCACGCGCUCUUCUUUAAGAUGGCAGUCACUUACUCCAGACUGUUUCCUCCAUCUUUCCGGCGGGUUUUCGAGUUCUUCGUCCUUCUGAAGGCCUUAUUUGUUCUCUUCAUUCUGGCCUACAUCCACAUCGCCUUUUCUCGUUCUCCUAUUAACUGCUUGGAGCACGUUCGUGAGAAGUGGCCACGCGAUGGAAUCCUGCGUGUGGAGAUCCAGCGCAAUUCCAGUCGUGCACCAAUAUUUCUGCAGUUCUACGAGACCGAGGGAUUUCAGGGGCUUGUCAAAGAGCCAAACGGGGACACGGAGGACAUCAGCCGAAUUCCAGUUCACCAAGAGGAUGAAGAUGAAGAGGAGAUGACGGUUGACAUGUUCGACAACAGCUCUGUGAGGUUCGAGCUGGACAUUGAACCACAACUGAAGCCUUUGGUGAGCAAUGGCGCCCCAGGCUCAGGCUCGAACGACACCCAGGACCUCUCCUUCACCCAGGCGCCCUCUAAAGUGUGGCCUCAAGAGGAAUACAUUGUAGAGUAUUCCCUAGAGUACGGGUUCCUGCGUCUGUCUCAAACCACUCGACAACGUCUGAACAUUCCCGUUAUGGUGGUUACCCUGGACCCAGUAAAGGACCAGUGUUUUGGAGACGGUUUUAGCCGUUUCCUCUUGGACGAGUUCCUCGGCUAUGACGACAUACUGAUGUCCAGUGUUAAAGCUUUAGCAGAAAAUGAGGAAAAUAAAGGAUUCUUGAGGAAUGUGGUAUCAGGAGAACAUUACCGUUUUGUUAGUAUGUGGAUGGCACGUACCUCCUACCUGGCUGCCUUUGUAAUAAUGGUGAUUUUUACGUUGUCCGUGUCCAUGCUGCUCCGUUAUUCCCACCACCAGAUCUUUGUUUUCAUAGUGGAUCUCCUGCAGAUGCUAGAGAUGAACAUGACCAUUGCAUUCCCAGCUGCUCCUCUUCUUACUGUAAUCUUGGCUCUCGUUGGAAUGGAAGCCAUCAUGUCUGAGUUUUUCAACGACACAACUACAGCAUUCUAUAUCAUCCUGAUCGUGUGGUUGGCGGAUCAGUACGACGCCAUCUGCUGCCACACCAACACGAGCAAGCGCCAUUGGCUCAGGUUCUUUUAUCUCUACCAUUUUGCAUUCUAUGCGUACCAUUACCGCUUUAACGGGCAGUAUAGCAGCCUGGCUCUGGUCACUUCUUGGCUCUUCAUUCAGCACUCCAUGAUCUACUUUUUCCACCACUAUGAGCUGCCAGCCAUCCUGCAGCAGAUCCGCAUCCAGGAAAUGCUGCUGCAGAACCAGCAAGCUGCUCAGGGCAACCAGACGGCGUUGCAGGACAACCUCAACAACAACACCACAACUAAUGCUGUGGCACAUGCUGGCAGGCCAGCUCCAGCCGGCUCAGUCGUUGCCAAUAGCCAGGAGCACCAGUCACCCCUGGUCCAGCCACAGGCUGAAGCUUCUAAUGGCCUGCCUUCUCCCGCACCAAGUGAUCAGGAUUGGAUGUCUGAGACGGCAGCCAUCAUCACAGACGCCAUAAUCACGGAGGCACUAUCAGCCCCACUACUCGAGACUACAGCAUCCACUACAGGCAUCAGUGUGGCAAGGAGUCCAGAUACGGCAGGAGAGAAUCAAGAGAGAAGCGAAAGGUCAGCUGGACCCAAAGAAGUAGGAGGGAACGACGAGGGAGGAGCAACUCCUCACGUCACAAACUGCAGAGAAGCAGAGGCGGACAAAACAGACACGUGUCACUGGGACGCCAAAAAGGAGAGCGAAAGUCACACUGAGGCAGCAACAGCUGGCCCUCACUCCACCCCAUCCUGAGCUCAACUCUCACUCGGGUUCAGGUCCAAACCCCAUAAUUCCACCUUUUUACCUCUUCAACUAGCAGCAGCAACAGUGCUUUUCACCCUAAAUGCAUCCGUAAAGCGUCAAAGAGGAAGAAGAGCACCAACAGCGAUGGAAUGUGAUGUAAUCACAGCCUAGAAAGGAGUGGGUGAAGAGUAAAUGUUUUCUUUUCUUAAGGACUUGAAGUGAAAAUGGAUGCAUCUUGAAUUUUUUUUUUUGAAAAUGCACCACAUACGGGGGUGUGAUUUAAUUAGAGAGCAAUCGUUUUUUUUUUUUUUUUUUUUUUUUUUUUUUUUUUUUUUUUUUUUAAAGACGAUUGAUUUAAUGAUUGGUUUCUUUAAACACUGGGUGUGUUUGUAUACAGUAAUAUGUUUAACAAUGGUAGAACUGCUAAUGGCAUAUCGGGAGUCAUUCAGAGUUCAGCAUCAACCCGCGUUAUCCAAAAGGAAGGUCUCUUCUUUAUCGUAUCUGAUAAUUCAUGCCAAAUAGCGAUUAAUCUCCCGAUCGGAUUUGAGUUUUUGAGGUAUAAAGGUUCUUAUGCAGUAGCAGACGACCCAGUAUGAAGUCGAAACCAAGCUCUCACCUUGUGAAAGUAUAGUCUUGAUGCCUUGAAGAUUUGUUUGUAUUUUAAGUGCUUUUUGGAGACUGCAUUUAGGUGUCAAGGACUUUAUUUUUGAACUCCUUUAUUAAGGGAAAAAAAGAUCUAUUUGGAAAAGAUUCUUAGUCUUUAUAAUUUCAUUACCAAACUGGUUCAGUCCUGUUUCUGUGCAAUCCCAAGAAAAUCUGUAAAGGUGUCCUGGUGAAUCCUGUCUGGUUAGAGAGCAAGUCUUGUAAUUUGUGCUGAUAGGCCCUCUAUGUUUAGGGGUACAGAUAUUAUGUUAAGGCUAUUAAUUCCUUCGGCUUCGGUCCUUCAGUUCAGGAUGUUUCAUCUGUGGGCUUUGACAAUGGUCACCUUUAGCAUGUGGUACACUGAACCUGUUAAAUAGUGCUAUAAGGUUAUUACCAUAGCGCUGAAGUCUACUCCGAGGGAACAUCCUAAUGCGCUCGAUCUUGUUUUGUUGCUCUUUGCUUGUGUGUAUGUAUGUAUCGUGUUAGAAAAAGCAGCCAUACGAAUGGGUCCAUUUUUUUCCACCCCCAACAAAACCCAUUACGUCAAAUAGUAACUCUAACGGAACGUAGGAGCGCAGAAAUAGUGCGACUUUUUUUUGUUACUCCCUUAUCGCAAGGCCUACAAGACAGAGUUCAAUGUUUAACAGCGAGCAAGACACAAUGCGUGUCACAAAAGAGCAGGAGUCAUUAUGUUCGUGUCAGUUAGACAAAAGCAAGCGUUGGCAGAGAGAAGUGAAUAUUUAUAUGCACAAAAAAAAAAAACUAGAUCAGGAAGCAGAAUAAGUAGAGUUUGGAGUAUGCUUUAUAGAUCGUGCCUAGCAUGACAGAUAAAACCAACUGAAAGAGUUGAUUAUUUGAGUACAACAGACUUUAUUCUGUCAGAUAGACUAAGCUUAACGUGUUAGCAGGUUGUCUCGAUCUUUGGCUGAGAGAAGACUGGAAGUGCAAUUUCCUUGGCAGGGUUUCAUUUAAAGGCUAUGCAACAAAAUUGACAAGGUAAACGCCGGUGGCUCUGGGAAGAUGGUUUUAUCCAAAACGUGUGCAAUAAGUCAAGUCAGUCUGAGAGAUUUUCAGCACGAGUACGCCACAAAUGAGCUUUUACGAUCGAUUUUCUAUUUUUUUUCUCUUCUGUGCCUAUUUGCCUUUCUGUGUCCAUAAUGCAAGACGACGACGUCUCUAUCCAUUCAUCAUCGACGACAAAAACCCACAGUUCUGUGAUGAACUCUGUUUGCUCUUUCAUUCAGUUGUAUUUAAAUGUUUAAAAAUGAAAUGCAUAAACAGACAAAAGGAUUUUCCACUCCA